AUGUGGGAUGGUGAUGGUGAAUACGAGAGAGUGUGUGGGAUUGAAUACUUAGAUUUGGACCAAGUGGGUACGUGUUCCAUUCCUAGUCCACCUGAAUGGCCUCCAAUAUUACAAGUACCAGCUCCACAGUAUCGAGCAGUGAGAAGUGAUCAUUUGCUUUCAUUUGGAGAUUUGCCUAAUGACUCCUGCACAAGUACAGAAAUUAGAUGUGUCCAAGGUCAACAUUUAUGGCGCGACAAGUCUUCUGAUAUUAACAUUGAGCUGUAUGCAGGAUACAAGAAGGGAAACUCGGAGAAGAAAAUAAAUGAGAUAUUAGCAGGCUAUGAUUUCAUGAAUUCGAAUGUCAGUAAUUAUAAUGUGAUGCUAUGGGGACAAAGUCCUACUGAAGUGGGACAAGGGGUGAGGAGGUCGGGCAGGGACAGGGGCAGGGGCAGGGGCAGGGGCAGCAACAACAAGAGCAACUAUCGUAACUGUUAUUUUCCUGUUCAUUCAAGAUGGCUCAAGGAAAAGGCUUGUCCUACUCAUAUUCUUUGCCUCACUCAUCUAUUUGGUAAGUUAUCUUAA